GUAGCAAUCAAUCAAUAUACACACAUCACAAUCAUGUCACAACCAGUAACAAUCCAUUUAAGAGCUGAAACCAAGCCAUUGGAACACAGAGCUGCCUUGACUCCUACAACCACCAAGCAAUUGUUGGAUGCUGGCUUCAAGGUAUAUGUUGAAGAAUCGUCGCAAUCAAUUUUCCAAACCAAAGAAUAUGAAGAAGUUGGUGCCACCAUUGUUCCUGAAGGGUCGUGGAAGAGUGCUCCCGCCGACAGAAUCAUCUUGGGAUUGAAAGAAUUGCCAGAAGAGACCUUCCCUUUGAUCCACGAACACGUUCAAUUUGCCCAUUGUUACAAAGACCAAGGCGGCUGGAAAGACGUCUUGAGUAGAUUCCCUGCCGGUAAAGGUACUUUGUACGAUUUGGAAUUCUUGGAAAACGACCAAGGUAGAAGAGUCGCUGCCUUUGGGUACUAUGCUGGUUUUGCUGGUGCUGCCAUUGGUGUUUUGGACUGGGCGUUCAAGCAAACUCACAGCGACAACGAAAACUUGCCUGGCGUCCAACCUUAUCCUAAUGAAGACGCUUUGAUUUCCGAUGUUAAGAAGCAAUUGGAUCUUGCUUUGGCCAAGAAUGGUGGUGCUUACCCAACUACUUUAGUUAUCGGUGCCUUAGGCAGAUGUGGUUCUGGUGCCAUUGAUUUCUUCAAGAAGGUUGGCAUUCCAGAAGCUAACAUUGCUAAAUGGGAUAUGGCUGAAACCGCCAAGGGUGGUCCAUUCCAAGAAAUUGUUCAAAGUGAUAUCUUUGUCAACUGCAUUUACUUGUCACAACCAAUUCCUCCAUUCAUUGACUUUUCCAGCUUGAAUGUCGAAGACAGAAGAUUGAGAACCAUUGUUGAUGUGUCUGCCGAUACCACCAACCCCCACAACCCAAUCCCAGUUUACACCAUUGCUACCGUUUUCAACGAUCCAACUGUUCCUGUUGAAACUACCAAGGGUCCUAAGUUAUCGGUGUGUUCUAUUGACCACUUGCCAAGUUUGUUGCCAAGAGAGGCCUCGGAAUUCUUUUCUAGAGAUUUAAUGCCUUCCUUGUUGGAGUUGCCAAACAGACACACUGCUCCAGUCUGGGUCAGAGCCAAACAAUUGUUUGACAAGCACGUUGCAAGAUUAUAAGUUACGCCUUUCAAUUCUACUUUUACAAUUAAAUUA